AUGAGGAUUGACUCUCUGUCUGACAAUGAGAGGAAAACACUUGAUGUAACAACAACAACACCAAUCACAACAGCAGCAACAUCAACACAAAUCACAACAGCAGCAACAUCAACACCAAUCACAACAGUAACAACAUCAACACCAAUCACAACAGCAGCAACAUCAACACCAAUCACAACAGUAACAACAUCAACACCAAUCACAACAGCAGCAACAUCAACACCAAUCACAACAGCAGCAACAUCAACACCAAUCACAACAGUAACAACAUCAACACCAAUCACAACAGCAGCAACAUCAACACCAAUCACAACAGUAACAACAUCAACACCAAUCACAACAGCAGCAACAUCAACACCAAUCACAACAGCAGCAACAUCAACACCAAUCACAACAGUAACAACAUCAACACCAAUCACAACAGCAGCAACAUCAACACCAAUCACAACAGUAACAACAUCAACACCAAUCACAACAGCAGCAACAUCAACACCAAUCACAACAGUAACAACAUCAACACCAAUCACAACAGCAGCAACAUCAACACCAAUCACAACAGUAACAACAUCAACACCAAUCACAACAGCAGCAACAUCAACACCAAUCACAACAGCAGCAACAUCAACACCAAUCACAACAGUAACAACAUCAACACCAAUCACAACAGCAGCAACAUCAACACCAAUCACAACAGUAACAACAUCAACACCAAUCACAACAGCAGCAACAUCAACACCAAUCACAACAGUAACAACAUCAACACCAAUCACAACAGCAGCAACAUCAACACCAAUCACAACAGUAACAACAUCAACACCAAUCACAACAGCAACAACAUCAACACCAAUCACAACAGUAACAACAACAACACCAAUCACAACAGCAGCAACAUCAACACCAAUCACAACAGCAGCAACAUCAACACAAAUCACAACAGCAGCAACAUCAACACAAAUCACAACAGCAGCAACAUCAACACAAAUCACAACAGCAGCAACAUCAACACCAAUCACAACAGCAGCAACAUCAACACCAAUCACAACAGUAACAACAUCAACACAAAUCACAACAGCAGCAACAUCAACACAAAUCACAACAGCAGCAACAUCAACACAAAUCACAACAGCAGCAACAUCAACACCAAUCACAACAGCAGCAACAUCAACACCAAUCACAACAGUAACAACAUCAACACAAAUCACAACAGCAGCAACAUCAACACAAAUCACAACAGCAGCAACAUCAACACCAAUCACAACAGCAGCAACAUCAACACCAAUCACAACAGUAACAACAUCAACACCAAUCACAACAGUAGCAACAUCAACACCAAUCACAACAGCAGCAACAUCAACACCAAUCACAACAGCAGCAACAUCAACACAAAUCACAACAAAUAAAUAUGAAGAUCAUAGUGUGUUUGAUGUAAGCAUAGACGAGGUGUGUGAGGACCUGAGAAAUGGAAUGGUCACAGAUCUACUGAAGGGGGAGGUGAGGGCUAUAGACGCUGUUUAUCAAGUGAGGUACGACUGUGGCGAUAUAGAAGAAUUGGACCUGCUUUGUUCUGCUAUGAACUCCAAAAGAAAGAACGCUCUGACAUACCAAGCCUCGUUUAGCCGAGGAUAUGGAUGUGAAACUUUGGACGAACCUGUCACUCUAUCCAAUAUUUCGGUACGUGACUUUGUGACAGGGUUGCCUGAAGCUUCAAAUCCAUCUCCUACCAAGGAAUCUGACUCUGUUAGCGCUUCACAGGCUAUGGAGUCAGACAUGCAUGGGGUGCUUGUUUCAGGGUUUCUCGACACCAGUAACAUUAUUGCCCAUCUCCUGAAAGAUGUCCCUGGCAUAGCCAAAAUUCCAUCUGGGUCAAAAGAGAAUGAAUACUUUAUAUUGGAUAACAAGCCUCGGAAAGAACAGAUAGUUGUACUUCACCGCUACUAUACAACUCUCAAGCAACAUAAUGGUUAUAAAAAGAAAGUCACCUGGUUAGGAGAGGGGGGUCUUGAAAGUCCGUUGGCCAUUGUAGAAUACGUUGGGAAAUUUCCUGGGCACGCACCCCACGGCUUAUCUCAAAACGACCAACAACAAUACGUAUGCAAACCCGACUAUGUGAUGGACAACAUUGAAAAAAUGACAGAACAGAAAUGUAAACCUGCGGACAUAUACUUGACACUGAAGGACAAAUACGACCAAACGACAAGACCUGAGAUAGACACAAUUUACCAGAAAGCUCGUUACGUUAAGUCAAAGACAGCUGAAGACAACGGACAAUUACUUACCACAAACAUUGCAGACCAGAUAUGCCAUCUGGACAAUUUGGUUACAGACAAUGACAAUUUCGUACAGGCCUCAAUCAGGACUGGUGGUAAAACCCCGACAUUCUUACUCUAUACAGACGAACAAAUUGAUGAAAUCAAGACAAUAUGUUGCUCUGGACAGACUGCUCUAGGCGUGAACAAGACCUUCAACCUAUGUUAA